AUGACAUCUCCUCGGCAUAGCCACCAAAUGGAGGAGCUGGGGAUUUCCAAGGCAGCCUCAAAAGUCCUCAACUGGCGAAGACCCUGCAAGCUCGAGAUAAAACUUACCGACCAUUACGUCGCCAAGAUCUAG